UUCUUCAUCUAGAGAUCAGACGACUCUCUGUAUCUCUCUCUCCUCUCUCGUUCCGCAAGCUCGAGGCGCUCGCCAUGGCCGGAUCCUCCAGAUCUGCGGUGCGUUCCUGAUGAUGUGUGGGGCUUGAAAUUCUCGGCUUCCUAGGAUCAAAGCUCGUUCUUUUGGUAGUGAUCGGAAUUCCGGGUCUGUCGCGAGUUCGAUUCAGUCGCAAAUUUGAUUCGGGCCCCGAUUGGUUUGGUUCUCUGUGGGGGGUUUUGGCUCGGGUGGUUUGGAAAUAUGGAUGAACAAUCGCAAAAGAGGAAGCUUCGGGACGUUGAUUGCGAGCAGUCUUCUUCGAGCGAGCCGGUUCUUUGCGCAAAUGAUUGUGGUUUCUUCGGAAACCCUAGUACCAAUAACCUGUGCUCUAGAUGUUACUAUGAGUAUCUGCUGAAGCAACCCAAGCAUGGUAUGGAUUCGACAGCCGUGUCGGAAGGAGCUGGCAGUGGCGAUGUUGUGGAUGGUUCUAAUUGUGUCGAGGAGGCACCAGCCGAAGCUGUAGCUAAUCGGGCAGAGGCAGCAGCUGCUUUGGACAAUCAGCAGACAAGGCCUGCGGAUCAUUCUGGUGAGCCUUCUUCGAGCAAUCCGGUUCUUUGCGCGAAUAAUUGCGGGUUCUUCGGGAAUCCUACCACCAAUAACCUUUGCUCCAAAUGUUACUGUGAGUAUCUGUUGAAGCAAUCAAAGGAGGCUAGUGGUUCCGCUUCUGCAGCAGAAGGCGCCAAGGAUGAUGGGGCUGUGGAUGGUUCUAGUUAUGCCGAGGAGGCACCGGUGGAGGCCGUGGCUAAUCUUGUGGAAGAGGUGGCGGCAUCAGAGAAUCAGGAGACGAGGCCUGUGAAUCGCUGCGGUUUCUGUAGGAAGCGGGUUGGCCUGACGGGUUUCAAGUGCAAGUGUGGGGAGACGUUUUGCUCUGUCCAUCGAUAUUCCGAUAAACACGAAUGUGUGUUUAAUUACAAGACUGCAGGCAGAGAUGCUAUUGCCAAGGCGAACCCCGUUGUGAAGGCAGAUAAGAUUGAGAAGAUAUGACGGGCAUGGCAAGGUAUUGCGGUGCCAUUAAGUGACAUAGUUGUCGCUUCCCGUAUUAGUUGAAGUCAAUUUAGUCAACACAUUAGGAAUUGAAGUCUAUUUAAUUUAUGCAUUAGGAAACAAGAUAUUAUGUUUGUGAGUAUUUUUCAUGUCUGAUGUAUAGUUUGGUUUAUUUUCGUGAUGUCAUAAUGUAUCUGCUGGAUAAUUUCAUUCCAAGUUUAUGUGGUACUGAUCUUCUCCUAA